UUCUCUUCUCCUGUCGCUCAGAGUUGUUCAGACCGGAGGGAGGAAUGGCGGCUCUUCGGAGUUUCUUCAUCUUUCUCCCCGGGUUGUUUCUGGUUUUACAUUCCUCCUGUGGAUCUACGACCUCGGGCAACAGAAGAACAAACCAGGAGCGAUGCGGAUUCAAGGUGCAGUCUGGUGCAGAUGGAGGUCGCAGGUUGGCCGUCACCUUCAGAGCUGACAACUGUUCAUUGAACUACCCACUGGGGAAGCAUGUGAUCCAUGAGGUCACUGACAUUUCCUUCAGCCAUCUAGCCUGCGAGGAUCAGGCCGCCGUGGUCGUCCACUGGUCUGCAAGUCCACUAGGGAUCGAACACAUCAGAGGCUUCAGAGUUUAUUUGGAGGACAAGAGUCCAGAAGGGAAACGGUGUCAACAUCUUAUCCUCAAAGACCCACGACAGCUCAACUUCUCCUACAGGAACACGAAGCUGAGCAGUCAGCCAUUCAGCGGUUUGACCUUUGAUACCGACUACAUGGUUCGUGUUGUUCCUUUCCCGACUCUGAUGAAUGAGAGCUUUUUCCCUCCAUCCUUCCUCAGGACCAACUCAUGUGAAGUUCUCCUGGGAUCAGACAGCCUGGUUUGCAAACCAUUUUGGAAGCCAAAGACCCUGAAUGUGUCUCAGCUGGGCUCGAACCUCCACGUGGUGUUUGACCAGGCUCCGACCUCCUUUGGCUUCAGCUUUUACUCGCUGUUCUACAAACUGCGGCAGGAUGGACCCUUCAAGUUGCAACGUUGCAAACCAGAUGGGAACCAGGCCAGAACCACAUGCAUCCUCCAGGACGUCACUCCAGGCACCUACACUAUAGAGCUGAGAGACGACAGUAACAUGACCAGGAGGCAGACUCAGUACCACGCUAGCCAGGUCCACUCCCCCUGGGCGGGGCCUAUUCGUGCCAUGGCCAUCACAGUGCCUUUGGUCAUCAUGUCUGCCUUCGCCACUCUCUUCACAGUUAUGUGUCGCAAUAAACAGCAAGAAAACAUCUAUAGCCAACUGGACGAGGAGAGCAGUGACUCGUCCCACCACAGUGCAGCUUUGAAUGCGGAGCGACCUUGGCCCCGUCCCAAAGUCUUCAUCUGUUACUCCAACAGAGACUGUCCCAAACACACCAGUGUCAUCCAGAGCUUCGCCUACUUCCUGCAGGACUUCUGCAACUGUGAGGUUGUGUUGGACCUGUGGGAACACCUGGAGAUGUGCAGAGAGGGUCAGAUGUCAUGGCUCAGCAGACAGCUGGAUGAAGCUGACUUCAUCAUAACUGUCUGUUCCAAAGGCCUACGCUACUACAUGGAGAAGAAAAGCCGCCGAGGGAAGACACCCGUCAGCCACCGCAGUAGCAGCAGCUCUCCUAUUGGUGGAUCCGCCAGUGAUCUGUUCAUUGUUGGUGUUGCCAUGAUCGCUGAGAAGAUGCGGCUGGCGAAGCAGAUCGAGGGCAACGAGGCUCAGGAGCUGAACCACUAUUCAACAGAAACCGACAUCCCCACAAUGCUGAGUCUGGCUCCCAGGUUCAAGUUGUUGGACCAGCUGCCUCAGCUCUUCAGUCGACUCCACUCUGGUCAGUCCAGUCUGGCCAGCCGUGAGCAGCAGCCUCUCGAUGUCUCCAGGAGGAACUACUUCAGAAGUAAGUCUGGACGCUCGCUUUACGUUUCCAUCUGCAACAUGCACCAACACAUCACCCAGAACCCUGACUGGUUUGAGAAGCAGCUGGCUCCUGAAGGAGGCUACUCGGCCUCCUCUGGCUCCUCCCCAGAACAUCCUUCUCUUUCCACUGUCACGUCUCCAAACCCUCCCGACGACGACGACUCAUCUCAGCCCGAGGAGAGGUUUGACUCCAGCUUGGUGCUAAAUGAGGUGUUGGUGAGGACGCCAUCGCUGCAGGGUGGGGAUGGAGCGCCAAGGAAGAAUGUGCUCCUGUUGCCCCCCGGGUCUAGUCCCAGUCCCAGUCCUGGUCUCUGUCCAAGUCCAUCCCUGCCACACUGCUCUCUCUCUGUGCUGGGACCAUCCUCAAGGUCCGUUUCUGGAAUAUCUGGACAUCCACCUGAAGAAUCUUCCUCUGGCUCCUCUUCUGCACCCUCCAUCCUCCAGGAUGAGAAGUUCCCUGUCCCGGCCCAGGCAGACGAAGACCAUCCCUCUCUCCCAGAAGUCCUGCCUCCUCGGGAUUCGGGCAUUUAUGAUUUGUCUGUCCCUUCCUCAGAGCUUUCCAUUCCCCUGAUGGAGGGACUGUCACAUGACCAGGCUGACUCCUCUUCCCUGGCCGACAGCGAAUCAUCAUCUUCUGGGCUGGGUGAUGAGGAGCCGCCUGCUGUCACAUCGCUCCACUGCAGCACUGCCACAGUUUGCAGAGUUGAGCUGCACCACCAUCACCGCCUGGAGCACGGUGAUGGACUUGCUCCUGUGGCAUCAUUGUAGUGAACGCCUGCAGCCGGUCAAAAGAGGAGCAGCACAGUGAUGUGCUCAUGGGGGCCAAAUAUGUACUGGUCCUAGACCUGUCAUGGAAAGUUCUAGAACACUGUCCCCAGUAACUAUGGUAACCAUCAAUAUAGAGAACACUGGUAAAAAAUCGUUACCACUGAGGAUAAUAAGGAUAAAGAUAAUCACCUUUAUUUGGCCGAGUAUGUUACACACAAGGAAUUUGUUUUCGGUACAGAACCGAGGCAGCCAUCUGGGGCGCCUGCUCACACCGAUGGCAACUUGGGGGUUCAGUGUCUUGUCCAAGGACACGUCGACAUGUGGACUGCAGGCACCGAGAUUCAAACCUCCAACCCUCCGGUUGGGAGAAGACUGCUCUACCCACUGAACCACAGUUGCACCCAGUUCUAGAACACUAGUCCCUGGUGAAAAUGGUAUCCAUUGCCUUCUAGAACACUGAUAGUUGUGAUAACUAUGGCAACCACUGUUUUUGUCCAACCCCACGUCCUGCUAACUAUGGUAAUCCCUGCAGGAAAACACUAGCCCCAAGUAACAAUGGCAGCCACUGAGUUCUAACUACAACUGUGUUUCCACUGUCGGAACCCAACAAACAAACAGUCCACCCUGUGAAACCGUGGACACCCCCCCCGUGACCCUGGAACAUGAUUUUACUAUUGCCUCCUGAAGGGAGCCGAAAUUUAGCUUCCAGAAUACACCAGCAAAGUGAGCGGAGGGCAGCAGAAACAGAACCCAGGACACGUGUUACAGUGCAUGUGUCGGUAGGUUCCUGUGGUGGAAUAACCCUACAUCUUAGCCACUGCAUUCUAGAACACUACUCCCUGAUAACUAUGGGUAACCACUACAUGUAGCGCACAAGAUGUACUGUACUUUGUUCGCCCCACUGGUCGUCCUGCCUGGAGGAUUUUUUUUAAGGACUAGAUCUCCAGAUGUUGGUGGAGCAGACCAGUUUAAACCAAAGAGUGGGUCUUGGUUCGUUGACAGAAAGCUGACUGAAGUUUGAGUAGGAUGUUUGGUGCCAAAACAGGAAGCUGAGACAUACUGUUUGCUCGUGCAGUUUUUGAUGCUGAAUGCCACAAACAUGUCCAGAUGUUCUCCAGCAACAACAUCCAACAGGAUCUAUGCAGCUUCGGAGGUUCUGGUAUCCACAGAGAUUUUAACCAAAUGUGCUGAAUGUAUCAACACCGUAAGGACAUCGAUUAUAUUUGAGGGUGAUCGUUUGUCAUUAGAGGGGAAUUUCCCCCAUAGCAGUUAGUAAUAGAACAUUAAUUCAAUAUUCAUUUUUAAUGACUGCUGAGUUUUUAAUCUGUCAUAUUUUUAAGAGAAUACUGUUUUAAAAAUGUUUUCAACAUGCAAAUGUCCCUGAAUGUUUGAGGAUGACUUGUCAUUGAAGCAGCAGUAACACGAUGACCACUGUCCGAUCAUGAAUCAUUCAAGUAUAAACAAUUUUAACAAACCAUUUAAGAACAGUCUGAACUGUACUAAAACCUGCUAAUGUGAUAGGAUGUGGUGAAAGAGUUGUGUGAAUUGUGUUGAAUUGAAAUUCAGUUUUAUGAAUAUUUUCUCUGCAUUUUAAUUCAGACAUACAACUCACUUUCAUUUGGCUCUGCUCCUACUCCAUAAUAUAUUGAAUAUGUUUACAUUGUUUGGCAUGUGGUGACAUUUUAAAGUAUUAAAUAUUGAAUUAACAGUUAAAAUUAUGUAUUUGUUCAUGCUUUGUAAUCCUUUUCUAACACUGUUGCAGGAAGCAGCAAAGAUGAAUAAAACCACCCGUUACUAUCGUGACAAGAAUUAUAUAUGUGAGAAAGUAAAUAAAAAAUAUUUGCUUCUUAAGUGAACAUUUUGAAGUAGUAAGUCAUAAUUUUGAUUUUUAAAAUGACAGCAACAGUUAUCUCAUAAUUUUGUCUUUGUCACCAUUUUGACUUGCUUUGAGAAUAUUUUAUUUAAUAAUUUUUUUCUUUUUCUGGUGGACAUGGACUUCCAUACACGUCUCACUUGAUCCCAUGAACAUAUUUUCUUAUAAAUCUGACUUUCACUUACUGAUUGUUUCGUGAUCAACAGCUGCAGCCACUUUGUUCUCUGGAUCGGACCAUGACUUCUGUGUGUUUUAUAAAGCCUCAUGUUUGAGGAGCCGCGGAAGGCGGCAACUUCUGAUUUAUCGGCAAGUUUGAUUUUACUUAAGGGAAGAAUAUGCAUUUCCUGCUUGUACUUUUCUUUUUUUCAGGAAAUGUCUAUUAUGUUUCAGUUUUUUAAAGUAAAGUUUUGUUUCUUUUUUAGAAACGUACUGUUUUAUAGUACCUUAAUGUAG